UUCCCACCUACUACUACUACUACUAAGGAAACGUUCCUUCAGCGGGAGACGUUUUGUUUUGUUUCAUUAAUUCAUAACAAUUCACGGCGUUUGCGUUUUCCUUUACUAGAGCAGAGGAUUUUACUCACAGCAACAGAAGAUUAAAGGAAAAUAAGUGUAUACUAGAUCUUUUAGUGUUUGUGAGAAGCCGUAAGUUACUUCAAGACGUAUGUCCCCUACCCACUACCGAAGUUAGGUUACUUAGGGUGCACCAUGAAGAACUGCUUGCCAAUCAUAGAAGUGACCGAAGAUAACUUCAAGAAAAUCCUGCCAACCAUAAAGGCGGCUAUUAAGGACGCAUCUUUUCUGUCCAUUGACUGCGAGCUGACUGGCCUUGGCGAUCGCAAGAAACUUAAUUACCCAGAAAUAGAUUUCAGAUAUAAGUAUUCAACAGAAAUUGCAAGGAGUUAUGCUGUCAUAUCCCUUGGGCUGUCGUGUUUCACCUGUAAAUCAAUCAGUGAUGUUAGAGUGACUGAUGGAACAGAAGAUGAUUCUGAAGAUGGAGAGCAUAUUCGUAGCUAUGAUUAUCUGGUGCAGACAUUCGACAUCAUCACACUUUGUUCAGAAGACUUCUGCGUUGAAGUGAACUCUCACAAAUUUUUACUUAGCCAUGGGUUUGAUUUCAAUAAGCUUUAUUCUAAGGGAAUUUUAUAUCACAAGGGCUGUGAUCGGCAGAAAGAUACAAGUCCAGAUGUUAGAGAAGUGUUCUCAUCAGUCCUUGAACAUCGUAAACCAGUGGUUAUUCACAAUGGUCUGGUAGACCUCAUAUUCCUGUACCAGUCCUUUUAUGCUGACCUACCCAAAAAGGCAGACACCUUUGCUGCAGAUCUAAGUGAAAUGUUUCCUUGUGGGGUUUAUGACACCAAAUAUAUAUCAGAGUUCCAUCAGUCCAUGCCAGCUACAUAUCUUGAGUACUUAUAUAAAAAAAUGCAGCUAAGAAAUGCUCGUCGAGGGAAUGCAGGAGACUGGCAUGUACGGAUACAGUUCCCUCCAUAUCCUCCAGGCCUGUCCAACAUCGAUUGGCACCCGUACCUCCAAAUUCUUCUAUAUGAUACUGAAACUGACGACGAUGGCUUGGAAGUUUGUGAAAAUUUUGCUUUUCAUGGAUGGUGUUCCAAAUAUGAUAAAUGUGAGAACAGUCAUAACAUCAACAAAAUUGUGAAGAUCCUUCAGCCAGUUGGUGCGAAAAAACGAGGCAAUUCCAAAUACUCAGGUCCUGUUUGUGAAUCUGUUGCUCAGAUUCUUAAACAUGUCAAGAAAGAAGAAGAACAUGGUAAUCAUUCUUUGGGUAUGGAAAAUGCAGAACCAUUGGAGAAGAAAGCAAAAAUUUUACCGGAUAAGAAAAUUGAAGUUGCAAGUUCAAAUGGAGUACAGACAUUGAAUGAAACUGAUAAAGCCCAGGACAUGCAGUAUGCUGCAGGGCACAGGGCAGGAUUUGAUGCUUUUAUGACAGGAUUUCUAUUUGCAGAGUAUAUUACAGAACAUGGUAAACCAGAGGAGAAAGACAAUCCUUUCUCCCCAGAAAAUUUGGGAUUAUCUGAAGAAGUAAAUAAGAUCUACUUAAUGGGUAAAAAUUUUCCUUUUCUCAUACGGACUGGAACUUAUGCAAGCACUUCUCAGAACCACCAAAAGAAGAUAUCACUUAUUAGGAAAGAUGUAACAUAAAGUGGUGUGUAUUUUGUAGUUCUGUAAUUGACAGUACAAGUAACAAUUUUUGUUAUCAUAUCAGUAAAUCCUUUUUGAAAAGAAGUUAAUUUUUACAA